GUAGAAGAAUGGAUAGUUUAGGUGUGAAUGGGACUGACAGAGGGGCAUUGGGGGUGGAAGAGUGAUGAUUGGGAUCAGAGGUGUUGGAAAGAGACUUAACCCAGAUCUGCCAAAUCCUGGAUCACCUCCUGCUAAAGCCCUCUCCAAUCCUAUACUUCGUUGUAAAUCCUCACUACCACACCCUAUCUCUCAUCCCCUCCCUCUCUUCCUUUCUAAACCUUGACCUAAAAAUCCACCACCCAGUCACUAAAUUCCUUCUAAAAACCCUCAAAAAGUCAACCUCCCUUGAAACCAGGCUCAAGCACAUCUGGUUCUGCUUCAGGUACAUCCUCCAAGUGUGCACUCAAUCAAAGCUUUGCCGCCAAAAACAAAUCGAGAUUUUAACUGGGCGAUGACUGAAGGAAAUUGAACAAGUGAGGGCAGUGGUUAAGGAAGAAGGGAGAUUUGGAGAAAUGGAAUUUAGUGUGGAUCAUUAUGAGUCGUUGAUAGGGGUGUUGUGUGGGAUUUUGGGGAGGAAUGGGGUUGAUGAGGAGUUUAUGCAGGGGGAGAAUGUGGUCAGGAGGUUGGCGAAAGUGGUGCUGGAUUUUACGUUACAUAAUCUGAAGGGGAUUGGUGGGGUGAGUUUGACGGUUUUGGAGAUUGUUGGGAGUUUGGAGCAUUGAGUUUCGGAUACUUAUCUUUUUAAAGGGAUAGUACAUCCGGUGACUCGUAGGAAUAAGUACCUAUACUCUUGAGUCUCUUUUAAUCUAUCUUCUUGACCUGUAGUCUUGCUCACUUUCGACUUCACAAUGGCAGAAUAUUUGAAUUAUCUUGAAUCUUCAAUGGGAAUCACUCUGGCCCAAUCCUUCACAGAUCCAGAUAACUUUCUCCUUAAAGAAUGGAGGAAGACAAAGGAUGCAUUCCUAGAACUACUCUGUAGCCUGAAGAGCCAAUUAAGCGAGCAAACUUGUGAGAACAUCCUAGUCAUCUGUCAGAAGAAAUUUGAUUUUUCCUUCAGAGAGAAAAUAGUUAAAGAGGGAAUCCAUAUUAUUGAUCAGAUCGGAGUAGCUCAAGUAGACCAGUUUAAGAAAGGUUUUGGGAUUCAGCAAGAGAUUUCAAGUUUUGGAGGACUCAAGGCUCCUCUCAGGUCAGGUCAGUAUGGAACUUUACAGAAGGGUUAUAUCGAAGAAAUUAAUGAAGAAUCGUACUUUAAACUUGAGUGUAAAGAAACCUACACUUGUGUUUUAUAUAACAACUUCAAAGAAUUCAUUGAUUACAAAGAAGCUCUUCAGGCUUCUUUUGAAGAAUUCAAGAAAACUUUACUUUCAGAUGAAAAGGUGAUAACUGGUUCAUAUUUUGCAAAACUACAACAAGUUUUAGAUUUACCUAGAGAGUCUAUUACAAGACAAGUUUUGAAUCAAUAUUUGAAGCUAAAAGGCCUUACAGAAACUCCAAUCUCCUCCAUUAUUCUUAGAGCCACUACAACCGAAGAACUUAUCGACCAGCAUCCUGAAGAAAAAUUUUCAGAUUGAUAUUACACUACAAACAAAGAAAUAUUCCUAGAAAUACUCGAUAUCCUUUCAGUAUGCCUAAAACUUCGCCUCUGCAUUUCAAGAAGAAAGGCUAUAUAA